CCUCGACUUGGCAAGGGCUUCGCGGAAAAACGGAAACCCCAUUCCAUUCGGACCCGCGGUUCCCCUUGCCGCCGCUCCAUUUCAAAACCCCCAAAUCCUCUCAAGGUCCGCUGCGGCCAUGCGGCGCGGCGGCGGCCGGCGGUUCCCCAAGUCCUCCCUGGCGCCCUCCACGGCCGAGGCCACCCCGGCGCUGGACUCCAGCGCCAUCCCCAUCCGCAACCUCGACUCCGCCUUCUCCCGCCGCGACUCCGACGCCGCCAGCCUCUGCAGCAGCCACCGCGCUUCCUCCGUCGGCGCGGGCGUCGGCGCCGCCCCCAACUUCUCCGACCGCGCCACGCAGGCCGCCGCGCUCCGCGUCGUCAACGCCUUCCUCGCCCCCGCCGUCACGCUCCGCGGGCCGCUCCCCUCCGCGCGCGACAUCCAGGCCGCGCUCCGCAUCCUCCUCGAGCGCAUUGACUUCCCCCCCAACGAGGCCACCUUCGAGGAUGACCUCAUCCAGACCCUUCGCCUGCUCGGAUGCCCCUACAAGAUCACCCGCUCCGCGCUCAAGGCCCCCGGCACCCCGCACUCGUGGCCGCCUCUCCUCUCCGUACUCCACUGGCUCACCAUCUUCUCCCAGUCUUGCGAUGCGGAGGCUUCUUCCGCCGCCCAAGCCCCAACCAACGAUCUCAUGCUCUAUACCGCCCAGGGGUACUGCCACUUCUUGUCGGGGGAUGACGACGCCGUCGAAGCCCUCGACGAGGAGUACCUCUCCGAAGCCCGGACGAGCGGUGAGGCUGCCGUGGCAACACUCCGUGCUGUGGAGAAGGAGGCACAGGAAUUGGAGGCCGAGGUGAAUAAGCUCACCUCUGGUCCCUCUCGGCUGGAGGCACUGGAGGUGGAGAAGGAGGCCUUCACUGCAGAUGUUCACAAGUUUGAGGCCGUGGUGAAGACCUGGAAAACUAAGAUCGACGAAAGGGAAGAGGCGUUGGUGGAUUUGGAGAAGGAGCUGGAGGCAAAAGUGUUGGACGCCCGACGCACUGCUGCUGAAAAUCAGGACCUGUUGAAGAAAGUGGAUACUCAGGCGGUGAAUGUCAGGGAUGUCGAGAGGAUGCAUAGGGAGAUGCAGGCAAUUGAGCGUGACAUUGCCAAUGCCGAGAAUGGGAAAGCAGCACUGGAGGAUAAGGGCUGGGAGCUUGAUGCUAAGCUGGUUACCAAGCUUGAGGAGCUUGAGGGGCUUGCCGAGCGAUGCAACCAGGCCCUCAAAAAGUUGAAACCUGGUAUUGAUUUUCAGUACAUGAUAAAUCCAAAAGGGUCCUCACCUGCUGAGAUGCUAGGUCCUGGUUACAAAACAGUGCUGAAACCUGCACUUUUGGCUCAUUCUGAGGAGAACAAAAGGAUCGCCGUCUCAAAUCUUGCAGAGUCUGUUGAUAUACAAAAGGAGCUGCUACGAAGUGCUAAAAUCUUGGAGGAGGAAAGGAGUAAUAUUUCCAGACUCCAGGCUAAACAUGACGAGAUGGUUGCUCGUUUGAACUUGCUGGAUCGUGAAAUCACAAACGAUGACUCAAGAUGUACAGCUGAUGCGAGACGAAUGAAAAAUGAAUUGGAGAAAAAGUACAAUGAUUUGAGUUCUGUUGAAAAGGAGGCAGACGAAUUUUUGAAGAAUUCGGAGAAGCGGCUCCAAGAUGCAAUACUCAAAGAUGAUGAAGAAACUCAGGCAGCUGCAAGAGAGCUGCUGCAACUUGUUGAUUCCAUUGCUGAGCAUAAAGAGUUCAUGGAAGCGACAAUUGCUCAGAGGAGGAAGGAACUGUAUGAAACUGCAGAUUAUAUAGCCUCUUUGGCAUCCAAGACAUCAUCAGCCAAUCCUCAUACCUGAAUGAUUAGAAAGUCUCAUGAUAAAUUUCUGAUUCCCCUUCUGAUCAGCUGCGCUUCCUUGAGGUCAAGAUUGUCGCUAUGGCCUAUGUUAAGUUCAUUUCACCUGAAGGAGUUAAGUACCUAAAUGUUUAGUUCUCAUUAUUACUUGGUUCUUGCUGUGGCAGUGUGGCUGUAUAUAUCGUUUUAGUCUCCAUUGUGGCGUACUUGUGAGCUUUGAUCUCAUUAUGUUUUAGGUAUUGUCAAACAACAUAUCCCAUGCUAUCUUAGUACAACCUUUAUCGACUGCCUUGUUCAUUUA